CUGCCCGCGUCGCACCCAUCAGCGGGCAGUCGCUUUGGCUUGUGGCAGUUUAUCUACACGACGCUUGCACUAGUGGUGCGAACCCAGGCUGACGGUACAUCUCAUUUAGAUCUGCUCAACGCCCACACAGAUACUUCUGUAGCGUUUCCUGGAUCUUCCCAUCACCAUCAUGGAAGGCAUUCAGACGCACCCCUCGAACGCCGCGCAGGCCAAGGCGUUCACGGCGCCCGGCUCGCUCUCCUUCCCGGGAGCCCAGAACGAGACGGCGCCAAACGGCGAGAACGGGCAAAAGCCAGUUCCUCAAGGCCAGCAGGUUGCGAACGGAAAUGGGGUGACUCCCGCCACUCCUGCCGCCACGCCUGCUGCCAACCAAGGCCCCAGUGGCAUUACACCUACCUUGCAAAAUAUCGUGGCCACUGUCAAUCUUGAUUGUCGUUUGGACCUCAAGACGAUUGCACUGCACGCGAGGAACGCAGAGUACAACCCAAAGCGUUUCGCCGCUGUUAUCAUGCGCAUUCGCGAACCCAAGACAACGGCCCUGAUCUUCGCCUCCGGCAAGAUGGUUGUCACUGGUGCAAAGUCCGAGGACGACUCCAAGCUGGCGUCGCGCAAGUACGCGCGUAUCAUUCAGAAGCUGGGCUUCAACGCCAAGUUUACGGACUUCAAGAUCCAGAACAUUGUCGGCUCGUGUGACAUCAAGUUCCCCAUUCGCUUGGAGGGACUGGCAUCCCGCCAUCACAACUUCAGUUCUUACGAACCUGAGCUGUUCCCUGGUCUUAUUUACCGCAUGAUCAAGCCGAAGAUUGUGCUUCUCAUCUUCGUCAGCGGCAAAAUCGUCCUCACAGGUGCCAAAGUUCGCGAGGAGAUCUACCAAGCGUUUGAGAUGAUCUACCCCGUGUUGCAAGAUUUCCGCAAAGUCUAAUCAAGACGCACUGGGUCGCUCGCGCGACUCGUUGUGUCAAGAGGUCAUUCUCAUGAUGCCAUGGCUUUCUCGACCUUGAAUUCUCCGAUGCCACAGUAGCACGGAGGUUCAAUAUUCGAUUGUACACUUUUGCUUUUCGUCUUUUGGCAUUGCACCGGCGUUUGGAGGGGAGGGGAGGGAU